GCGGGGUCCGGGCGGCGGUACCGGGAGCGGCGGGCGCCCCACCAGCAGCCGCCUCGCCAGGAUGAACGGGACGGCCAACAUCAACCCGCCUGGCCGCAGCCACUUCGCCUCUGCCAUCCCGGUGCCCCGUGCCGUGGCUCACGGCAAGCCACAUGCUGUGGCCCCUCCGAGCACGCCGGGGCUCCCUGUCGCCCCCAGAGCUCUGUCCCCCCAGCCGGGGAAGAUGCCGGCCCCCAGCCCCAAGACCCUCAAGCCCAAAGGCGCUGGCAGAGCUGCCAGCCGCGAGCGGGCGGAGGGCAGGGAGGGCAGCCCUGGCAUCCCCCGUCACAGCGGGCAAAAAGCCACCAUGAGACCCCUGGUGCCCCCUGGGAAGUGUCCUGAGGCGGGGGGCAGCAGGAAGAGGGGGGCAGGCAGUGGGAUGGGGACCACCGAGCUGCCCAAAGUGCCCCCAGCUCAGGGCAGGGGUGGGGUGCGGCUGGGGGUGUCCCCAGGGAAGGGCGGUGGGGCGGCCAUGGUGGGGACAGGGGAUGAACCCCAAGAUGGCUCGGAGGGCAGGGGCCCUGCGUUCGGGUCGGGGGCCAUCACCUUCUCCUCGGGUCCCCCGCACAGCCACCCCGUCACCGCCACCGUGGCACCCUUCCAGUACCGGAUGCAGAAGGACCAGGAGGAGGAGAGGACCACGUCCCGGGGUGACGAGUGCCCUGGUUCCGCAGAAGGACCUGAUCCUGAUCCCAAACCCAGACGUCCAACACCAGCAGCAGCGCCCGGCGGGUUAAAUGGUCGCAGCGCGGGGAUGCUGGGCGCCAACCUCAAGAGCGAGGCGGAGGCGGGCGAGGAGGAGCGCGGGUACCGGCGCGGCCCCGAGGGCUCCGUGACGCCGAAGCGAGCCAAGGCGGCGGCCCCCGCGGCCGCUCGGGGCGCCGAGUUGCGCGUCUUCAAGGCGAGCAGCGCCGAGGGCCGCCCGCCCGCCGGCCCGGCCCUGCGCAAGCAGAAGUCGCUCACCAACCUGGCGUUCCUCACCGACGCCGAGAAGAAGCGGCAGCUCUGCGAGCCGCGCUGGAGCGACGACAUGUCCCGGGCGGCGGGAGGCGGCGGCGGCGGCGGCGGCGGCGGCGGCGGGGUCGGCAUGUCCCGCAGCCUGUCCCGCUCCGAGCACUCGCUGCUGCCGCCGCGCCGGCCCAGCCGCAUCCCCCGCGGGCCCUGCGCCGAGGUGCGGCCGCUCGGCCCCGCCGCCCCGCCCGCCGGCCCCGCGCCCGCCGACAAGCCCUACCUCAAGGUGGACCCCGAGCUCGUGGUCACCGUGCUGGGCGACCUGGAGCAGCUGCUCUUCAGCCAGAUGCUCGACCCCGAGUCCCAGAGGAAGAGGACGGUACAAAAUGUGCUCGACCUUCGGCAGAACCUGGAGGAGACCAUGUCCAGCCUGAGAGGCUCCCAGGUGUCUCACAGCUCCCUGGAGAUGACGUGCUAUGACAGUGAUGAAGCCAACCCGCGGAGUGUCUCCAGCCUCUCAAACCGCUCCUCCCCGCUGUCCUGGCGCUAUGGGCAGUCGAGCCCACGCCUGCAGGCUGGGGACGCACCAUCAGUUGGGGGCACCUGCCGCUCCGAGGGCACCCCUAGCUGGUACAUGCACGGCGAGCGGGCGCACUACUCGCACACCAUGCCCAUGCGCAGCCCCAGCAAGCUGAGCCACAUCUCCCGCCUGGAGCUGGUCGAGGCACUGGACACUGACGAUGUGGAGCUGAAGUCAGGCUACAUGAGCGACAGCGAUCUGAUGGGCAAGACCUUGACGGAGGAUGAGGAUAUCACCACGGGCUGGGACGAGAGCAGCUCCAUCAGCAGCGGCCUCAGUGAUGCCUCUGACAACCUCAGCUCGGAGGACUUCAACGCCAGCUCCUCGCUUAACUCCCUGCCCUCCACACCCACCGCCUCACGCAGGAACUCGGCCGUAGCGCUGCGCACGGACUCGGAGAAGCGCUCGCUGGCAGAGAGUGGGCUGAGCUGGUACGGAGAGGGUGAGGACAAGGCGCCCAAGAAGCUGGACUACGACAGCAGCAGCCUCAAGAUGGAGCAUGGCUCCUCCAAGUGGCGGAGGGAGCCCUCAGAGGGUGGUGACGAGGGGCCCAAGGGUGGUGAGCUGAAGAAGCCCGUCAGUCUGGGCACCCCGGCCUCCCUCAAGAAGGGCAAGACCCCUCCAGUGGCUGUGACCUCCCCCAUCACCCACACAGCCCAGAGCACCCUCAAAGUGGCAGGCAAACCUGAGACCAAAGCUACUGACAAGAGCAAGCUGUCUGUGAAGGGCACAGGUCUGCAGCGCUCCUCUUCUGAUGCCAGCCGUGACCGCACCGCCGAUGCCAAGAAGCCACCCUCGGGUCUCGUGCGACCCUCUGCCUCCAGCUCCUUUGGCUAUAAGAAACCAGCUCCUGCCACUGGCACGGCCACCGUCAUGCAGGCUGGGGGCUCGGCCACACUCGGCAAGGUCCAGAAGAGCUCUGGCAUCCCUGUCAAGCCAGUCAGCGGGAGGAAAACGAGCCUGGAUGUCUCCAAUGCAGCCGAGCCCGGGUUCCUGGCCCCAGGGGCUCGUUCCAACAUCCAGUACCGCAGCCUGCCCCGGCCGGCCAAAUCCAGCUCCAUGAGUGUGACUGGUGGCCGCGGUGCGAACCGGCCAGUCAGCAGUAGCAUCGAUCCCAGCGUGCUGAGCACCAAGCAGGGCAGCAUCUCGGUGUCACGGCUCAAGGAGCCAUCCAAGAUUGGCACCGGCCGCAGCACGCCAGCCCCUGUGAAUCAGACUGACCGUGAGAAGGAGAAGGCUAAAGCCAAGGCAGUGGCACUUGACUCUGAGUGUGGGACAGUGAAGAGUGUCAGCUCACCCGAGAGCACACCAAAAGCCCAGGCCAACCUCUUACCAGCGGCCAAGGUCGCUGAGUUGCCCCCCACCCCUCUCAGAGCGGCUGCCAAGACCUUCGUGAAGCCUCCCGCGCUGGCCAACUUGGACAAGGUCAACUCCAACAGCCUGGACUUGCCCUCCUCCAGCGAGGCGCACCCUCCCCACACUGCCAAGGAGCCGCACCCGGCUGGUGGGCAUAUCACGCCCUUCAGCCCCAGUCCUGCCCCCAUCCUUAAUAUCAACUCGGCCAGCUUCUCCCAGGGCCUGGAGCUCAUGGGCGGCUUCAGCGUACCCAAGGAGGGUAGGAUGUACUCCAAGCUCUCAGGCCUGCACCGCAGCAUGGAGUCCCUGCAGAUGCCCAUGAGCCUGCCCAGUGCCUUUUCGGGGGGCAGCACCACCACCACCACCACCACCACCCCUGCUGCCGUGCCCCCCGCGAGCACAGAGGAGGAGGAAGAGGCAGGGGAGCUGGGCUGGAGUGGGAGCCCCCGGCUCGCGCAUCUGGACAGUGCCAACCGUGACAGGAACACCCUGCCCAAGAAAGGGUUGAGGUACCAGCUCCACUCCCAGGAGGAGGCCAAGGAGCGGCGCCAUUCACAUGCCAUUGGCAGCGGGCUCCCCGAGUCUGACGACCAGCAGGAGCUUCCCUCGCCCCCCACCCUCCCCAUGGCACUGGUCGGGAAGGGGCCGCUCACCAGCAUCGUGAGCCCCACUGCCACCACAACCCCGCGGAUCACCCGCUCCAACAGCAUCCCCACCCACGACUCCACCUUUGAGCUGUACAGCACAUCUCAGAUGGGCAGCACCCUCUCCCUGGCCGACAAGCCCAAGGGCAUGAUCCGCUCGGGCUCCUUCCGCGACCCUGUGGACGAUGUUCAUGGAUCGGUGCUGUCCCUGGCCUCGAGCGCAUCCUCCACCUACUCCUCCGCUGAGGAGAAGAUGCAGUCUGAGCAAAUCCGCAAGCUGCGCCGCGAGCUGGAAUCCUCACAGGAGAAGGUGGCCACCCUGACGUCCCAGCUGUCUGCUAAUGCCAACCUGGUGGCAGCUUUUGAGCAGAGCCUGGUGAGCAUGACGUCGCGCCUGCGACACUUGGCUGAGACUGCUGAGGAGAAGGACACGGAGCUGCUGGACUUGCGGGAGACCAUUGACUUCCUGAAGAAGAAGAACUCGGAGGCCCAAGCUGUGAUCCAGGGUGCCCUGAAUGGCACUGACGUGACCCCCAAAGAGCUGCGCAUCAAGCGGCAGAACUCCUCCGACAGCAUCUCCAGCCUCAACAGCAUCACCAGCCACUCCAGUAUCGGCAGCAGCAAGGACGCCGAUGCCAAGAAGAAGAAGAAGAAGAGCUGGCUACGCAGCUCCUUCAACAAGGCCUUCAGCAUCAAGAAGGGACCCAAAUCGGCCUCGUCCUACUCGGAUAUUGAAGAGAUCGCCACGCCGGACUCGUCGGCCCCCUCCUCCCCAAAGCUGCAGCAUGGCUCCACGGAGACCGCCUCACCCUCCAUCAAAUCCUCCACGUCCUCCUCCGUGGGCAUCGACACAGCUGAGCUCUUCCCGGCCCACAGUGAGGGUGAACCAGAGAAGAAGGAGGUGUCUGAGCUGCGCUCAGAGCUGUGGGAAAAGGAGAUGAAGCUUACAGACAUCCGCCUGGAGGCUCUCAACUCGGCACACCAGCUGGAGCAGCUGCGGGAGACCAUGCACAACAUGCAGCUGGAGGUGGAUCUCCUGAAGGCUGAGAAUGACCGGCUCAAAGUGGGCCCAGGGCCCUCGGCAGUGCUGGGCUCUGUUCCUGGCCAUGUCACAAGCACAUCAGCCUCCUCUUCGCCGCGGCGCUCGCUGGGUCUCAGCCUUGGCCAUGCCUUCAGCUCCAGCCUGGGGGACACAGAUGUGUCCCCCAUGGAUGCUGUCAGCGCUGGUGCUCAGAAGGAUGAGUUGAUGCUGCGGAUUGUGGUGCGCAUGCCACCCCAGCACAUCAUCAAGGGGGACCUCAAGCAGCAAGAGUUUUUCUUGGGUUGGACCAAGGUGAGCGGGAAGGUGGACUGGAAGAUGCUGGAUGAAGCUGUCUGCCAGGUCUUCAAGGAUUACAUCACCAAGAUGGAUCCUGCUUCCACUCUGGGGCUCAGCACUGAGUCUGUCUACGGCUACAGCAUCAGCCACAUCAAGCGGAUCCUGGACACGGAGCCACCAGAGCUGCCGCUGUGUCGCCGGGGCCUGACCAGCAUCGUUGUGACACUCAAAGGCUUGAAGGAGAAGUGCGUGGACAGCCUGGUGUUUGAGACACUCAUUCCCAAGCCCAUGAUGCAGCAUUACAUCAGCCUCCUGCUGAAGCACCGGCGCCUCAUCCUCUCGGGACCCAGUGGCACUGGCAAGACCUACCUGACCAACCGCCUGGCAGAGUACCUGGUGGAGCGCUCGGGCCGGGACGUCACCGAGGGCAUCGUCAGCACCUUCAACAUGCACCAGCAGUCCUGCAAGGACCUGCAGCUAUACCUCUCCAACCUGGCCAACCAGAUCGACAGGGAGACGGGCAUGGCGGAUGUGCCGCUGGUGAUCCUCCUGGAUGACCUCAGCGAGGCAGGCUCCAUCAGCGAACUCGUCAAUGGCGCGCUCACCUGCAAGUAUCACAAAUGCCCCUACAUCAUCGGCACCACCAACCAGCCUGUGAAGAUGACCCCAAACCAUGGCCUCCAUCUGAGCUUCAGGAUGCUGACCUUCUCAAACAACGUGGAGCCAGCCAACGGCUUCCUGGUGCGCUACCUGCGGCGGAAGCUGCUAGAGUCAGACACGGACAUCAAUGCCAACAAGGAGGAGCUGCUGCGUGUGCUGGACUGGGUGCCCAAGCUCUGGUACCACUUGCACACCUUCCUGGAGAAACACAGCACCUCUGACUUCCUCAUCGGUCCCUGCUUCUUCCUGUCCUGCCCCAUUGGAAUUGAGGAUUUCCGGACCUGGUUCAUCGACCUGUGGAACAACUCCAUCAUCCCUUACCUGCAGGAGGGCGCAAAAGAUGGGCUUAAGGUCCACGGGCAGAAGGCUGCCUGGGAGGACCCUGUGGAGUGGGUGCGGGACACCCUGCCCUGGCCGUCAGCACAGCAGGACCAGUCCAAGCUGUACCACCUGCCGCCACCCACCAUCGGGCCCCACAGCACCGUUUCCCCUCCGGAGGAGCGCACCGUCAAAGACACGACGCCCAGCUCCCUGGACUCGGACCCUCUGAUGGCCAUGCUGCUGAAACUCCAGGAAGCUGCCAACUACAUCGAGUCUCCGGACCGUGAGACCAUGGUGGAUCCCGACCUGCAGUCGACUCUGUGAGGCCUGGACAUGCCGGCCCAGGCGGAGGGGAGCCGCUGUGAGCCGCUGCGAACCACUGCUCCCGCCGGGCUGCUCUCCUUUUCCUUUGGUAUCUUGGAGCACGGGGCCGUCAAGCGAGCGGAGAGGACCAGGGCUCCGGCGCAUCCCGAUGGAGCGUGGGGAAGCUCAGCUCAUCUGUGGGAGAGCGCAAGGUGCCAUCUCCCCUCCCGUCCCUGGGGGUAGGAGAAUCUUGGUUUCUCUUUUUUUCUGUCUCUAUUGCAAACUCUCGGGCUUUGGCGCUAGGGCAAGCGAUGCGGCCGAGCCCCAGCUCCCGGGAGCUGCAGGAAGGCCCCUGCGUGGGGCAGGGACCCCGUGGGAGCCCCCUGGGCCAAAGCUGGGAGCAAGGAGGAGCGUGUGGCUGCAGGAUAAGAGCGCGGGCAUGAGGGUCUCCAGCUCCCUCUCCACCCAGCCAGGCGUAGCCGAGGGCAGGCGAUGAGAGAGCCACUGCUGCGGGAAGCACCCGCCUUGCAUUGGCCGAGGAGGAGUGCGGCUCUUGCCGCUGUCUUUGUACAUUCCCCAUUUCACCUGCAUGGCAGCCGCUGCAACCAGGACAGCCCAAUAAACCCAGCUUUUGUUAUUUUAUUUUAUUUUAUUUCCCCCCUCCUAUUUUCCUUUGGCCGAGUCCAGACUUCACUUUGCUCCCUCUUUUGUACUGGUUCUUUGCUCUCCUGGCCUGGAACCUGUGACCCGGUGCCCACUGCUUACCUGUAAGCAGCUCCCUUUCCCUUUGGUUUCUUUUGUAGCUGUUGGUUCCACUGCUCAAAUCACCUCUGUCAUGAAACUGGUGCUCACUGGACAAUUUCCAGUCCCUGAACCCACCUCCUGGGGCCUCACAGCUUGGCUGAGAUGGAACUUGGCAGCUGGCGGCAGCGGGAUGCUCCUGGAACAGCCCCUUGCCUGGUGGCUUCCUGCUCCCCAAAGCACAAGGCAGAGUCUGGCCCUGGGGACGAGGUCUCCCACCAGGUCAGGAUGCCCCAGGGCUUCCCCUGCCCAGGUUCCCCAGCGCUGGCAGGGAAGGGUGCUGCGGCCCUCCUUGGGCAGCCGGACGCCUGCCCCACAUCCCCUGGCUGCUGCCAGGCUCAGGGACGUGGGCUGUGCUGGGGGGCAGUCCCCGUGCCGCUGGGUCCCCACAGCCCCAUGCCUUCCCGUGCCCUCGGGCCUGGCAGGAUGGCGCUGUGCCCCGUGUCGCUGCUCUGGGGAUAGCGCGGGCUGCCACGCACCCCCUUGGCUGUGCCGCGAUGGCACAGGUGAGGCUCCUGGCAUGGAGGGGAUCAGUCCCGGUGCUGCUGUGGUGCCUUAGUCCCCAGCUGUGUGGGAAGGGGCAGAGGGGGCUCUGGCUGGCAGGGUCACACCCUGCCCUGGCUGCGGUGACCUUGCUGUCCCCAAAGCCAGCUUGGCUGAGAUGGGACGGGGGUGCUGGCACGAGCCUGAGCAUGGCCAAGCUGGGCUUGCUGCCUUUGGCACCUUUGCUUGCCUGGCUCUGGUCUGCUUGGCGAAGCCAGUGCCUCCCUCCCUGAGCCCAGCCGGGAGCCCCUGCUCCCCUCUGCUGCCGUCCAUCUGGGCCCUGGGGAGCCUCCUGGGGAGAGGUGACCCCGGGCCAGGCCAACCGAGCCCAUCCUGUCCCCAAACCUCACUGGGCUGGGGACCAGGCAGCCUCAGCCCUGCCGCGGUGGCCUUCAGGGACACCUCACAACCCUCCAAAACAGGCAUCCCCUCCAAGGCCUGGCUUUGCUGCUGGCGCCGCUUGGAGGUGGCCGUCCCCUCUGCCCUUGGUGCUCUCUUGGCUGGUGCCUCUUGCCUCGCCGGCUGGCGCAGCCCAACCGUGGCGCGUGCGCCCAUGGUGCUCACUUCUCCGUCUGUCCGGCAGCCUCCCCGCUGUCUCCCUGCUGCCACCCAGGGCCCUGGCCCCUUCGCACAGGGACGUCCCUCCCCACGCUGGCUUGGACGCUAGGGCUUUCCAUUCGCCUAAUCUUGUGUUGCCACUGUCGGCUAAGGACUCGCUGUAAAUAGAUCCGUAGUUGAACGCCCUGCGUGAGUUGGUGGGGCCCAGCCCUGCGCCUCUUUCCUGUUUUUGUUUUUUUUUUUCUUUUUGUAAUCUGUGAUAACUGUGCUGUGCUGACUUCUUUUCUGAUUGUACGAGACACUGGCUCAGCAGCCGCUCGAGGCUGGCAGUGGGGACCCGGCUCUCCCCUCCAGCUCCUCUCACCUCCUCUGGGCUGCGGUGCCCGGGGCAGGAAAAGGCCACGAUGCACCUUUGGGGGCUGCCCCGUGCCUGGGCAAUGCUGUGGGUGGAGAGGGCUCACACUCCCCUCUUGCUCUGCAGGCAGCCUUGCCUGGGCCUGACUUUCUUUUCUGACACCCCCACGGAGCCACCAAAACGUUGACCAAGCUGUCCCCAUCACCGGCAUGUUCGGGGCUGUGCUGCUGGGUGUCCCCCAGCCUCUUUCCGGGGGCUUUGCCCUAUCCUGCCCUGGUGCGGGGCUGCCUGUUGCUCCAGAGCCUCAGCUGGGGCGUGCUGGAGAUGAGUGGCGCGUUGUGGUGUAGAUCAGGAGGAAUCCCUGUGGGGAAGGGAAAGGGUGAGGGCGAUGCCAGCCAGCAUGCCAUGGUGUGUGGUGGGGGGCUUUCCCACCUAGAGGGGAGGCGCCUCGAUGGGCUCCUCCUGGCUUACACUGAGCACCUCAUGUCCCCAAGCCGGCUGUGGGCUGAGUGUCCCCCAGGGCUGCCAGGCUGUGGGCUGAGCCUCCUGUCCCCACGGGGAAGGGUCCAAAGAUUGCACUAGCUCAUCCCCCAUCACCUCAGAAGGUGCCUGAUGCCUCCAAGGGUUCCCAUCACCUCCAAGGGUUCCCAUCACCUCCAAAAGGUGCCCGUCAACCCCAAAGUUGACCACUGCCCCUAAUGGUGCCUGUGACCCCCAAAGGAGCCCAUCACCCCAAAGGUGCCUGGUGCCCUCAAGGGUACCCAUCAUCUCCGAGGGGUGCCUGUCACCCCCAAAGGUGUCCAUAACCCCCAGAGGAGCCCAUCACCUCCAACGUGCCCGUCACCCCUGAAGGUGCCUGAUGCCCCCAAGGGUGCCCGUGACCCCCAAAGGAACCUACCACCUCCCAAGGGUGCCCAUCACCCCAAAGGUGCCUGAUGCCCCCACGGCAACCCAUGAUCCCCAAGGAUGUCUGUGACCCCUAGAGGAGCCCCAUCGCCUCCAAAGGUGCCGAUUGCCCCCAAAGGUGCCCGUGGCCCCUGGAAGAGCCAGGAGCCUUCCUGAGGGGCUGGAGCUGGGAGACGCCAGCGCCUCACCCUCCUGCCCCCUCGAGCUGCUGCCUCCCAGUGGCCUGAACCUUACAAUUUUAGCUUUUUUCUAUUAAAAGCAGACAACCUUUUUUUAAUUAAAUAAAAGACGAAAUGGACAAAUUCCUGUUUUAGAUGAUCUGUGUGAUUGACUGGGUUUUGUGUUUCUUAACUGCAUGGUAUUCCUUGCCGAGGGGUUUUAUAGCACUUUUUAAAUUUCUCUUUAAGAUUUUGGUCCAGAUUUCUACUGCUCUCGCCUGUCUGUCUUUGCUUUUUCCUUGCCUCCUCCAAGUUUGUAAACUCGCUCCAUUUUAUACCUGAUGUUGACACCCAACCCCACAUUGUACAUAGCUGCGGGAACAAUCAUAGGGAACAAACACCAUCUGGACUCUUUCCACGAUUCGUUGUUUUUACUUAAGAAAAAAAAAAGAAAAUGUCAAAGAAGUCUAAAAGGAAGCCAGGAAAAGGCUUGAGGAUAUUACAAAAGACAGAAACAAAUCCAGCCCUUGCACCAAGUCGGCUCCUGCUGCCCACGCUGCCCGCACCAACCGGCAUGUCUCUUCUCAGUCGUCUGUCUAACACCAUUGGGUUCAAUAAAGUUAUCU